UUCCGUAAUCGUGCCUAUAAGCACCCGAAUUUCUGACAAGGGCUCAGUACAUAUUUGAAGCAGUUAGAAACCAGUAACGAAAUUGAUGGUGAAAUUUUUUAGUUGUUUAGUGAAAAAUUGUUUAUUCGAGUAUAAAAUUUUACUCCAGUCUCCGACUGGUAAAUUUCUUCCUAAAAAAAACUUUCCAUCGAGGUUGCAACAAUUUUGAUUCUAGUGUGCUUUGACUUUGUAGACUUGACUAUUUUAACUUGAGUUCAAAUAUUGCCCAGUUAGUCUCUGAAGCUGUAAGAAAACGGUUCCAAAAUUUGAUGUAAAAUUUGGAAGAAGCAACGGCGGUUUCAGAUGCUUCUGUUCGGACAGCCAUCUCCAUCAAGAACUUGGAUCAAUGCGUAAUCUGUUAAUUGGUAAUUGUAAACCAUUAGAAAAGCAACAUGCAGAGUUGAGAAACCUGCGGCAAGAAUCCCUUAAUUACAAGUACAAUGACUGAGGUGGCUCAGAGCAUAAGUUAUUGUUGGCUUUUGAUGAAUGGAAAUCCAAAACACGGCCGAUUAAAUUGAGAAUGUUGAUUAAUGAAAAUGUAUGAAGAUUUUUGUUUUAUAACCGAAUAAUGUAAAAAUGCCCUUUGAAUAUUUAAUGAUAUAUUAUAACUACUUUUAAGGCAGGUUUAAUUUUAAACGACUCUGCCCAUUGCAAUACCAACUAAUUUAGAAAUCAAUCCAAUAAUCUUUUUAUUGUCAGUCAAAUUCAUUUCUGUUUCGGAUACCUAAUCAAAAUUGCGAAAAUAUAUUGUGGGAAAUUCCGAAAUUAUGGCAGAUAUACAUGAGUUGAUUGUCACUUGCAUUAUUUUUUUGUACCAAAUCUAUUUGGUUUUCCGAUCCAUUCACCCCAUCAAGAAGGAUGCCUUGCUGCUUAUUUUUCACAAUAUCAUGCUAUACUACGUCAUUAAUAUGUUUAAGCAUCUGGCUCAAGAUACUAUCAACUCUCCUGGCGCUGUGAACACUUUCUACUAUGUGCCGCUGGUCUAUGAGGAGCCUGCUGGCUCGGAAUUAAAUCACAGUUGGCACGAACUUCUCAGGUCUUCCAGUUGGCUCUUUUUCGAGUCUCUGUUCCGCCAUCAUUUGGUCCUGUUGUUGCCGUUUAAUUUGGCCAUCCUGGUUCCCCGCUGCAAGUUGGGCUUCAUUAGCUCUUUGGUGCUAUUUUCUAACUUGGUGAUGUUCGGGUGCUUCGCCUCGGCCAUCUGUCAGCUGAUGAUUUCUGCCAGCCAUGCCCACAGCCUGCGCCUUCUCACAAUACUGUGCCUGGGUCCCAUGUGUCAAAUGCUUCUGAUGCUCCGCCUCCUGGUUCGCAUGUGGUUCAGUAUGUGGAUUGUUGUUUGAGACGUACAUCAGCCGUCAUAAUCAGCAUCUGCACCCCUGAGUUAGUAGGUGCAAUCAAAGCAAUAAACGUAUCAAAGGCAACCGUGCUUUCCACUGGCAAACGCAAGCGAAAAUCACUUUCACUCCGCAAACUGCCAAACUGCAGUCAUUUAUGGCAGGCCAGCAGAAAAGAGGGAUAACUUGCCAGCCAUCCUCUGAAACGUGUGUGGCGCAAGGGCCAAAAUCGCAUAACAAAAUUGUUGCUGAAAAGUUGAACAAAUAUUGAGGUCAGCAGAAUGCCGAGUAAAGUCUCGAGCGGGCAGCAUUGUUACUGGUGCAAACUGUUUGCUAGCCUUUGGCACAAACUUCUGACACGCUCCCCGGCCCCAGUCGGACUCGGAUCCGGAUCCGGAGCCUUUGCCGGAGCCGUUGUCGUAGCCAUGACUCUGAGUCCAGAGGUGAGCUGAGGGGACUCCACAGAGGCUCGCCCUGAACGAAAAAUAUUCAAUGAAAAUCGGCAGUCAACAGACCCCUCUUUGUCAAUAAUACAAAAUGGAAAAAAUGAGUUGUUGCUGUUCGAGUUUGCAUGGUGCAAUGCAGACGUCGACGCAGCCCGGGGGUCCGGCUUCGAAGCCGUCUGUCCCGACAGCCCACUACCAUACCCUGAGCAUGGAAGCCACUGCCCCGCACCAGCCCUGCACCGUCCCCAAGCCCCGAAUCCCCAACCCCUCAGGCGUGCCAGCUGCCUUCGCAUCGAAUUGAGAAACUGCCGCAAAUGCUUUUCGAUUUUUCGUUUUGCCACGGACAAGCCUUGGCUUUUCAUAUUGCAUAAUUGAUUGGGGGUGCUUGGGGAGGAGUGUGUGUUUGGAGGUGUGGGCUGGAUAAAUACCAAACAGACGGCAUUGUCACCACCCCUGGCAACCCCUCUUCGCCCGCAUUUAUGCACAUUUUCAAUAUGCAUUCAGAUGCCAUUCCCCAUGCAUUGAUUGCCGCAUUGGGCCAGAAAAGAGCAUUGCCAAGUUGUGUGUUGUAUUUACGCUUUCCUUGGUCAUAAUUAAAUUUCAGGACUUAAAAACGA